AUGGCGGCUGCUGCUCAGCAACAGGCUCUAGCCUCACUCAAAGGCUUACUUGAAUCCGGCGCAUAUUCCGACCUCACCAUUAGCUGUAACGGCGAUACCUACAAAGUCCACAAGAACAUUGUUUGUGACAAGAUUGACUUCUUCACACGGGCCAUCCGGUUUGGCGGAAAAGAAUCUCAGAAUGAUGUUGUCGAUCUCCCGGAAGACGACCCCGCCGUUGUUAGACGCUUGAUCCAGUACCUAUACGAAGCCGAAUAUACGCCGCUGCUACCAGAUGUAGACUCUACUGGAUCUACUCCGUUCACGAACAAGACAAAUCGCCCCAACCAACCUCUUCUCCACGCCAAGAUAUACGAGAUUGCAGACAAGUAUGAGGUGAAAGGUCUCAAGGAUCUGGCUCGUGAGAAGUUCAAGAGGUCCUGCGAGCAAUUCUGGGAUAAUGACGUCUUCGCGGUGGCAGCGCAUCACGUCUUCUCCACAACGCCCGACUCCGACAAGGGCUUACGCGAUCUAGUCAGCUUGACAAUUAGCAAACACAUGUGCUUGAUGGAUAAGCCGGAGAUCGAGGCUCUACUCACUGAGUUCAACGGGUUGGCGUUCGGUCUCCUCAAGUUGACAAGGAAGAGGGGUUGA